UAAUACUGUAGUUUAUUAACGCUUCUAGUUACUUUAGUGCUUAUUUAUGAGUUGAAACGUAAACAAUUAAUAUCACAGUCACAUAGUCGUCACUUGAUGCCUCUCUCUCUCUCUCUACCUCUCUACCUUAUUUUACUUGUAAAGAGUCAUCUCUCUUGUUCUUGUUCUUGUUCUUCUUCUAUUGUUGUCGCAGAGAUUAAUCAGAAACUUGUUCAAGCUGGGAACUACAUCAGACUAUAGAAUAUCACAGAAGAAAUGUAUGCAAACCAAUGGCGAUCGAAGAAGAAGGUAGAAUCUGCAGCAGAAACACUCCAAGUUCCUUCUAGAAGAAUCAUCGGAGCACAGGCACGCACGGUUCCUCCAGGAAAUGGAAUUAGACCCGAGAGAGCUCGAAAAAGUCUAAACGAGAAGCUAGAAACUGUAGCCAUAAACUCUCCCAAGAAAGAUCCAAGUGUGACUCUUUAUGGUGAAAAAGGUGUAGCAGAUGAGAUUUUCCUGGAACAUGAAGAAAUGGGUCUUGAAAUCGGGUUGGGGAAUGGAGUUUCAUCUCCUUUUUGUGGUGUAUCGGAUAAGCUUCUGCAGCGAAUCGAGCUUCUUGGAAGAGAUCAUGAGGCAAAGAGACUCGAUAACAACAAUUUCAGGUCAAGUGAAACCAAGAAAGAGAGACAAGAAGGAUCUGCAGAUGAUGCAUUAAAUGAGAUGAAGAGUAAGAUUCUAACUCUAGCCACAGAAAACUCUCAGCUUAAGAAGUCUCUUGCGGCGAAAGAAGAUCUCGCGGUGAGUCUACAAGAGCGUAAAUUUCAGGUGGAAUCAGAAUUCGAAGCGUUGAUGAAUAGGUUAGAUUCGACAGAGAAAGAAAACGCGUUCUUGAGGUACGAGUAUACUGUUCUUGAGAAGGAUCUUGAGGUAAAAACAGAGGAAACAGAGUAUACUCGCAAGUCUAUGGAGUUGACCCAUAAACAGCAACUCAGGAACGUGAACAAGAUUGUGGAGCUUGAAGCUGAGUGCCAAAGGCUAAGACUUCUGUUUCGGAAGAAGUUCCCGGAGAAGUCUAUAUCGAUGAGGAAUGAAGGUGAAGAAAGGAAGAUGGAGAUGAAAAGAAGAAACGCUAAUAAGAGCGAUAUGAUGAUGAGAGACGAAGUUCAGAGCCGGAAGCUUAAGUAUGAUCUUCUGAUGGAGCAGAUUGGGAAUGUUAGGGCAGAGAACAAGAACCUGAUGGACAUAAUUAUGAGGAAAAACAUGGAGAUCAAAGAUCUUAGCCGAGGGCAGAAACCGUUGGAGGCUUCAAGCUUCGACAUUAGAAGUGAAAAUAGCGUGAUUAGCCCUUCUGGUUCGAAGGAGAUGAAGUUCCUGAUGGAUGAUUUUAAUGAGAUGGAGAAGUUAGCCAUUGUUUGUACUGAGAAAGAUCCAAGAGAGGAUGAUGAAAAGGAAGGGUCUUUCGACUGGAUUCAAGUUGUUUUGAGCGCUAUAUCGAAGCAAGAGAGGAUAUCGAAACGAGGUGUUAAAGAACUGUUACAGGACCUCAAGAUCGCUUUAGGAUGUAUGGAUGAUGAUGCAGAGACCAAAAAAUCCGAAGGAGGUCCUCUCUGCAUCACAUGGAACUCUCCAAUGACAAAGGAUGAGAUCAAGAGACAUUUGGGUCUAACGACAGCUGAAAAGGUUGAGAAAAUUGAGUGUGAUGAGAGGCAAGAACUGAGAGACAAGCUUGAGGAAUCAGAGGAGAAGGUCAGAAACUUAGAGGUAGAGAUCAAAGCGUUGAGAGAGAGUAAGGAAACGGUAGAGGCCGAGGCUGAAACGGAAAAAUCGAUGAAGGAAGAUCUUGAAACAAAGCUGAACGUAACCGAAGCUAAGCUCAACGAGACACAGAAGAAGUUGUCUUCUCUUGAAGUAGAACUUGAUUACAGAAAGAGUUGUUGUGAAGAACUUGAAGGAACUUGCAUCGAGCUUCAGCUUCAGUUAGAAAGUGUUGAAACGAAGAAACCGACGCAGAGAAACAAAAACGGAUGUGAUAUAGCAGCAGCUUCUGUGAAAUUAUCAGAGUGUCAAGAAACGAUUACAAAUCUACGGAGGCAAAUAAGAGCGUUAUCUACAACAGCAACCAGCAGCAAAGUGAAGUUUUUACACAGAAGAUCUUCUCUCCGAGACAAUAUAGAAGACUCAACAGCUAAAGAUUCAUCCUACAAAGCAGAUGAUGAUAACAACAGAGAUACUCAUGGUGGUAAUGAUAAUGAUAAAAACUACAAUGCCUUGAUCGUAUACGAGCCAGUGAAAGCAAAAGGUGAGAAAAUGGAGAUGGUUACAAGAAAGAAGCAAGGAUUAGGGCUCUUGAAGAAACUGUUGUUCAGGAGGAAAAGAGUGAGCAGCAAGAAAUGUCUUGCCUUGACAAUGUGAUAAAAGGGUUUUUGUAUCUAUCAGGUCUUUUGUUUGUGUGUGUGGUAUGUAAUGGGGUGAAUAGUGAGGUGAUUGUGGGUAUGUUUGUUUGUCUCUCUGAGAUGUGAUGAGUAUAAUUAGACUCUUUUCUGAUUUAAUAUAAUAAAACAGGUUGUGUUCAAUCCACGUAACUCGCUGAGUUUGAGGUCAUAUUCAGUUGAACUAACUUGUUAAUCAGUUUUUGAAGUUAAUGUCUUUUA